AUGUCGUCGCCCGGGCGGGCCGGGCCGGCGGAGCGGACCCUCUUCGUGGGCAACCUGGAGAGCCGCGUGCGCGAGGAGAUCCUCUACGAGCUCUUCCUGCAGGCUGGACCAUUGACCAAAGUGACCAUUUGUAAGGACAAAGAAGGAAAACCGAAGUCUUUUGGAUUUGUCUGCUUUAAGCACACUGAAUCAGUGCCUUAUGCAAUAGCUUUGCUGAAUGGAAUCCGUUUGUAUGGAAGACCAAUUAAAGUGCAAUAUCGGCUCGGGAGUUCACACUCUUCAGAACUGAACAACCCUGCACACRGUUUUGACAACCCUGUUGACACAUGUUCACCUUCAUAUAGGUAUCAAGAACCUUAUGGAAAUCCUCCAUUUCCUGUUACUCCGUUUCCAAUGAAUAAUAAUUUACCUCAGGACUUCUCAGUCUUUCAAAAGACAAUGAACCAUUUUUUAGGACAACAGUACACAGUACACAGUCCAGUGGGUCAACAAUUUCCUUUCAAUCAGAUGAUUUCACCACUGCCUUCAAAUUCAUUCUUGCCUUCCUGUCAGAAUCAAGUUGCAAAUUUUAAGCCUGGACAAAAUUCUUUCAAGUGGGCCCUGCCACACUCCAGUGAUUCUGAAGUGUACCAGAAGGAUGAAAGCACCUCCAAAAGAAAGAGAGAAUAUCUAAGUUGUGACAGUGACAGUUGUAUUGAGAAUGACAAAAAGAAACACAGAGAAUGUGAUCAAAAUUACAAGUGCAAAGCCAAGAAGAAAAAACAUUAAUACUGUGAAAUGGAUUCAUUCUUUCCAUGACUUAAUUG